AUGAAAAGUUUAUUGCAGCUGACAGAAGAUUUUCUUUAUAAUAAUAUUUCUCAUUUUUCAGAUGUAUCCAUUGAGCUCGAGGAUUCACUGGAAAAUUAUCAGCUAGAAAAUAUAGAAGAGAACAUGAUUUUAACAUCUGAUACAUUCAACAAAAGUCGUAACGACAGUGAUGCAUUUUUUGAUCUAAAUGUUAAUCAAAAUGUUACAGCAUUGGUGGGAAAAUCCGCAUAUCUGAAUUGUGUUGUUAAAAAUUUAGGAAACCGAACAGUUGAGUAUUUAUCAGUGUCAUGGAUCCGGCAUCGAGAUUUACAUAUUUUAUCUGUCAGCACCUACACCUUCUCGUCUGACCUUCGUUUUCAAACAUCACAUCACCGAACGACAAACGAAUGGACAUUACUGAUAAAAUAUGUUCAGAAGCGUGACGCCGGUAGCUACGAGUGUCAAGUCUCAUCACAACCGAUUAAAAGCUUUUUCGUUAAUUUGAACGUUAUUGUUCCAACCGCUUUCAUUUUGGGAGGACCAGAAUAUUUCAUUAGCACGGGAUCAACUAUAAAUCUCACAUGCAUCAUAAAAUAUUCACCUGAUGCACCGACGAAUACGUUUUGGCAUUUUAAAGAUAAGGUAUUAAGCUUUGAAAGAGAACCACGGUUAUCACAGUUUACCGAGAAUGGAGACAGUUUCACGAACUAUUUACAUAUAAGAGAUGCAAAUGUCAACGACUCUGGAAGGUAUGCUUGCGCUCCAGUCAAUGCAGACCCAGAUUUCAUACAAGUUCAUGUUGUGAAUGGUGAAAAUCCAGAAGCUUAUUCGAGCUCUCCGAAGUUAUCGACUUGUUUUUCACGGAAAUUUUCAUUCCUUUCCUUUUGUAUUUUAAUUUUAAAUGAAAUAAUAAAUGUCUUUUAUGAGCGAAUUGUUUCAAGCAAUUCAAAGAGCUGACACUUGUAGAAAUUUGCUUUUUAAAUUGAAUCUAUUCAACGCUGAG